CCCGAAGCGUGGAGAAGAGGCCCCCCGGCGAAAAUGGACAACCCUCAAUGACUAAUCAUCCCCACCGGACGGUCCCUGCAGCAUAGAUGGCCCGGACCAGCUCACCCUAACUUCCCGCGGAGGGGAGGUUUCAAAGGAUGUGCCCGUGACAGCUUUGGAGGCUUUUCAUUGAAAGACUGGAAACAACACGGCUGAGAAAAGAUGUAAAAGUAUGCGAGAAUCUGUUAUAUAGGCUCCUAAAUGAACCCUCAACACAGAUGUAAACAUAGCCUUAGGUGCUAAUGUACAGGAGAAGAUGAAGUGUUCCAUUAGUUCAUAAUGGCUGGCUGAAACUGCAAUAGACAUUACACCUGUAAAGAUGGGCAUUAUUCACUUCUUGUCCACACUUAAGAAGACUUUCUACAGUAUCCUCAGCCUCUGUAGCUUGGCUUGGAAUCCAUUCUUUUGGCACAAAUGUACUUGCCGUUUAUUACUACUACUUUAUGAAGAGAUCACAUCAGCUUUAACAUUCGGAUCCAAAUCAUCUACAGAGGAAAAUGCACAUAUGCUAUCUGUAACUCAGGAUAAACAACAUUCAGAUAAUGAAGAGUUGAGAGACGAACUGAGAAGGAUGCAAGAUAUCAACAGUUCUUCCAUUAGCAAGCUGUGUAAAUUUGAGGAGAAAGUUGAAAACCUGGAGACUGACCUUUCUGGGGAGAAAGAACGCUGGAAAACUAAAUUUCAAGACCAGCAAGCUCUGAAAGAGCAGCAAGAGAAAUACGUUCACCUUGAAGAGAGUAGAUCAGACAACUUAAUGCCUCAAUAUACGGAUGCUACUGAUGGUUUUGUUGAAUCGAAUGCCAAUAUGAGAGAUGGAUUGCACAGACGACUUGGGGAGCAGACAAAAUCUACAUAUGGAAGGAGCUGGGCAUUCCUGAAUGAGUAUAACAGCGUAAAAGAACAUUCGUCACUCAAAUACUCUUCUUUACCUUCAACAUGCUCCUCUGUCUCCUAUUUUGAUUGUGCCAAUACCCGGAAGGCUACUAAAUGUUUCCGUGUAUUUGUCCCUCGCUCACCUCUUGAUCUGAACAUUGGGAGUAGAGUCAAAGUUCUUUUACCUUGUGGUAAAGUUGGCACCGGGGUAGUUUAUAAACUGGGACAGCUGCCUGGAAAAGAUGAAGUUCAAGUGGGUGUGGAAGUGGAGUCUCAAGAAUGCUGGCAACAUCUAAGCAAUGUACAAUACAAAUUCCAGAGUGAUCCCCCCUCGGGUGUGCUUGUGCCUUUCAGCAAAGUACUGAUGGUUUGGGAAUGAACAGAUUCUACAAUCUCCCAUAUGAUUGGAUUGUAGUCAAGUUGUCGUCACAUGGAAUCCAUUUGACUCCCGAAGACAAAUGAGGAACCAUAUCAUUGCCAUCCCAGAGAUUAUUUCCUAGGAGUGUACUGUCACAUGAACUUUGUGAAUAUUUUGUGCGCAUUUUGUGCAGUAUAACUUGCAAAGAUCAAUGGCUCACAAUCUUAUCCAUAUACAACACCAUUACUCAUAGGUUUAUAAAAGAAAAGGCCAAGAUAUUAUGCAACCACUCUAUAUUUCCCACAGUUGUCUAGUAGAUGAGCAGCACACAUUGGCCCAAGCUAUCUGAAAUGGCCUUUCUCAUUUCUGAAAUGAUCCAUGCCUCUUAUUAUUAUCAUUUAGUUGCACACAUAUUCCAGGUGAGGCCAUACCAAUGCUUUAUAAAGCAGUAGUAUUAUGUCCCUGUCCUAUGAGACCAUGCCCCUUUUAAUACAUGACAAUAUGCUGCUGGCCUUAUCUGCUGUAUAAAGAUUAUAGUGAUCUAAUGCUGUCUGUACAUUAGAUUACUAUAAGUAUUGAUCUAUAAAAAGAAGGAUUGCUGGGAGGAGCUCCUCUCAUUUGCCAUAGUAAUACAGCAGUCUAAAUACAGGAAGAAAGUUUCCUGCAUUUGGCUCCCUGCUCUAGACACAGUGCUAACUUUGUAUGCCGGAGUGGAUUUAUUUCAGCUCCCUGCACCUCAUGAAAGUUGAUCUGACUUAAUACCAGCCACCUCUCUUUUAGGGUAGGGUCACACAUGCCGUAUUGUGCUGCACAUUUGCUUAGAUGUAUUUUCCUACUCAUUGAAGUCAAUGGGUAGCAAAAUAAGCAGCUGAUUUUGCUACCCAUUUAUUUCAAUGGGUAGGAAAAAAUGCAGCAGUAAAUAUGCAGCAAAAUACAGUAAAGGGGUACUCCGCCCCUAGACAUCUUAUCCCCUAUGCAAAGGAUAAAAUGUCUGAUCUGCCUGCUGCACCCGGCAUUCGUUUAGAGCGUCGGGUGCAGGGCCGUAAGCUCGUGACAUCACGGCCAAGCCCCACUCAUGAUGUCACGUCCAUUCCCCCUCCAUGUAAGUCUAUGGGAGGGGGCGUGACUGUCGUCAUGCCCUCUCCAAUAGACUUGCAUUUAGGGGGCGUGGUAGUGCUAUCAUGAGCCUCCGCCCCGCAUCGCCAGUCAUCCACAGCCAAGAUCAUGGGUGUCCACAGUGGCAGGAACCCCUGUGAGCAGACAUCUUAUCCCCUGUCCUUUGGAUAGGUGAUAAGAUGUCAAGAGACGGAGUACCGCUUUAAUAGCAGAGUGUGAAUGCUCUGUGUGAAUGCUCUGGCUUCCCAGGACAUUGACAGCUAGGUCCUAUAUCUACACUACUCUGGCACAGACUGCAAUUGCAUACCAUCCUUCACUUUACUGCUGUGUGUGGUUUUGUACCACAUAUCUCCUUCUCCCCUCUCAUAUUAAAGGAGUAGUCCGGCACGCAC